UAUGUUCAAAAUCCAUAGCUUAGAUCCCAAACCACGGCAGUUUUGCUCCUCCAUAAAAUUAAAAAAAAUAUAGGAGGACUACAUCUGUGACGUUCUAGUACUUUUGUACAGUGUAAAAGCAAAACAUGUUUUCUUUUUUGAAUAUAAACAUUUUAAAGGAAUUACAUAUACGUAUGUAUAGAUUUUACAUUAGUAAGGCAACAAUUAUGGAAAUAAAUAUACCAAUAUACCAAUAUUUUUACCAUACGAUACUCACUACCUGUAUAAAUUACAAACAACACCUAUUAAUGUCAAGUAACCAGUUCGCACGUGGUUCGGCGUCGGCGUCAGGCCGCGUCGAGUGCAGGCGCAUCUAAUAGCCCCCUCUGCGCAACCGUCGCAACGCAAUCCCUUCCGCUGUUAGCAAAGUAAAAGUACAAGCCGCUGCGUUCAUUGACUCGCCAACAACCUUACACAUAAUACGCAAACGAGUUGUAUCAAACAUCUGGAAAGUGCUAAGCUAAGCGCCUCGAAAGCUAGCUUAAAGGACAUCGUAAAUUUAUUAUGUUUAUCUAAAAGUGAAUAACCCGUCAAGAUGUCUGUGAUUCUAUUGAUCAUCGAAAUUAUUAUCAUUGCUGGCAUGGUAGUUGGAUUGUACCAGAAAAACACGAACCAAGUGUGCAAGUCAAAGAAAAGAUACGAUGGGAAGACAGUGCUAGUGACGGGCGGGACCACCGGCAUGGGGCUCGAGAUCGCCGCAGAUUUCGCUCAUAGAGGUGCCAGGGUUAUAGUCGCGUGCCCUUUUGAAGACGAAGGGCUGCACGGCCUCAAACUCAUCAUCAAGAGCUCCGGUAACACUAACGUCGUUUUCAAACUCCUCGACCUCUCAUCUUUAGAGUCCAUAAGAAAGUUUGUAGCAGACUUCUUGAAGACAGAAGACCGAUUAGACGUUCUUAUGAACAACGCCGGCGUCGGAGUACCGGGGGACUUCCUUACAAAGGACGGAAUGAACUUUAUAAUGCAAGUCAACUACUUCGGCACUUUUCUUCUGACUCUUUUACUCCUACCGCUUCUAAAGAAGACGGGGACUGCUUCGGAACCGAGUAGGAUUGUAAACACAUCAUCUGUUGUGCACAAGUUUGGAAAAGUUGAUUUUGAUAAAUGGAACAAGACUGGGUGUUGGUCCAAAACGCGUAUUUAUGGGAACAGCAAGUUGUGUCUGGUGCUCUUUACCAGAGAAUUGGCAAAGAUGUUAAAGAAUUCCAACGUGAUUGUCAACAUUGUUGAUCCGGGUGCUGUGGGGACCAAGAUUUUUAAUAAUUCUGGGGUGGCGUGGGCCAGUUUCGUGCAAUUCAUCUUUCUGAUCCUGUUUAAGCACCCUUGGGAAGGAGCGCAGACCGCUUUAUACGCUGCGACUAGUAACAGGGCGGGCCAGUACAGUGGCGAGUAUUUUAAGAACUGUCAACGCGUCCGAGCUGCCGCAUUAGCUUAUGACAAUAAACUGGCCACGAGGGUCUGGGAAGAAACAGUGAGACUUGUGAAACUAAGUGAUGAAGAACUCAAAGAGUGUUUUAGUUCGUGAAUCUAAAAUGUCCUUGUCUAAAAGUGUUGUGGCGUUCAAUAAAGUUCUAAUGAAUUCAGUGUAAUUUUCAUUCAGGAUGUUGAUGUUAAUUUCUGUUGACUUGCAAUGAAAUAGUAGCUUGUUAGUAGCAUUUAUAGCAUUCUACUUGACCCCGUUCUGCUCUAUUGGCUUAUCGAGGAGUAUGUUUGUAUGUAGGUAAGCGACGGUUGCAUGCAAUCGACGUGUGGUGUAAUGUUGACAGACAAAGUAAUUCAUG